CCCAGCAACAGUAAGGCUGGUGAUACUUGUAUUGUGUGUUGUGCAAAUAUUUUUGAUUAAUAGGCUGAAACCUGACUCGUACUGGACCUGGUAGACUCCUUGUGAUGGAUGGGAGUGUUGUGGUGUGUAUCACUGGUGGUGUUGGUGGUGAUGGUGGUGCCACCUGCUGCGCCUUGUAGCUGCCUCCGCAAACAUCCUCAACAACACGUUUGUGAUGCUGACUACGGCCUCAGAGAAGGUGGAAAUGAUCUUGCAGAAAGGUCUGAUCUACACUCCCAGCAGCCCCAGUAUGUGUGAGGCUGAGCUCAAGACACGAACCUCUCAUGUACUCACAGGAUCAGUGCAUGAUGGCAAACCAUGGAUCGAUCUGUGCAACUUUGCUGCCCCCAUCAGGAGCCUCACACCCAAGAUGAAGAAAGGGUUCCGACUCCUGUAUCAGAGUGGAUGUGACUGUCCGAUCAUGUCAUGCCAUCACUGGGAACGCUGCCCCAAGGCUAACUUCUUCUGUGCCUGGGAGACCUCCCUGGAAAAGAACGACUGCCAGGGUCGACAAUCAAUAUGUCUUCGAGGUCCAAAUGGCACUUGUGAUUGGCUUCGUGGUCGUCAUUACUGGACAUGUAUGAAGACGCUUCGAGCAAAGGCCAAUGCUACCAACACGGACAGCAACAACACACAGGACAACAGCAUCAGCAUUGACAUUCCUGGCCAUCAUAAGCCAUUAAGAUAUGGCUACAAGCGAAACAGAGGUUACAGAACCAGACCUCUACAGCCAGUGCGACCACAUAAUGCAUACUCAAGAAUUGGCUAUGUUCACAAGAACGGCUGAAGCCUUUCAUGUAAACUCUUUGAGAUUUUUCCUGUAGUUUUUUAAAAAAAAAGUGUUUUGAUUUUCAGAGAAAAAAUAAUAGGCAAUACACAAACAAUUUGCAGUAUAUAUAUUUGUACCAGUAUGUUUGUGGCUCUGAGAAGUAUCAUUGAUACACUAAACAUGCUGUUGCAUGUGUUAUAAUAAUUAAGGGGAAGCGCUGGACCCAUAAGGACUGUACAGCGCCUGGGGGAACAGGAAGUAAUCAGGUUUGAUCCAGGGAAUGGAGAAUAACUAAAAUUCUUUGUAUCAUAUGUCCUUUGCAGUCAUUAGAGAACCCCCCUUUUCCUGAAGGGACUAUUGCAUAUAUUAAAAAUACAAAGCAGGAAUAUUGAGCCUUACAUUCUGUUGCAUAACUAAGAUGUGAUCAACAAGUUGCUGUCUUCUCAGAUACACUUUACUGUUAAAGUCAGUUUUAUUAUCCACGAUAUAUUGUAAUAUAUACGUACUUGUUUUAUUUCUAAUAAUGCUGGUACAAAAAUCACGUAGUUUACGUUUAUUAAAACUUUGUUAGGCACAACAAGAAAGCCACUAGUACGCAAUACAUUUUGGGUUUUUCCUACAUAUUGAACCCCGUAGUUAUACAAUGCAUUUCAGGUACAUAGAUCUAGACCUUUCAAGGUCACUAUGAAAGCCAUAUGAAGCCAUUCUACCAAUUUCUUGUGAAUUUUCUGAUGGCUCUAAGUUUUGAAGUACAGUUACCUAGAGUGAGUCUGGCCAUGGAGGUUGUUACUAAGCCGAUAAUCUUCACUGCAUGACAAGCCAGUAUUGAGAGCUGACAUAAUUUGUAUACAGUGAGCUCUCUUAUAAAGCUACUUCAUAGAGUGUGUUUUUUUUUUUGUGAAUGUAAUUAAAAAAGCACAUCCAGAAUGGAUUAGCACGUACCAUAGGAUCUUUCCAUGUGUCCAGUAAAUCAGAUUCUUUUUUAUAAAUCUUAGGAAGUUGUAAUAACACAGUUGCACAUAAAUCAUGGAGUAGGUGGGGUUUCAACUCAUGACUGAGAAUUUUGGGACUCACCUACCAUGGGUUCAACCCCCACCCAUUCUGUGAUAUGUUAAAAACAUCAGAAAAAAGCAUUGGUUCUCCCAUUUUUGUUCCAGGACUGGUCCCCCCAUAUACCUAGCAUAGCACUGUGCCCAUAAUGUACAGAUUCUUUUUUAACACACUGGCAGUUUUCCCUAAGGUAAGGUGACCCCAAAAAAAAAAACUCACCAACAUUUCCACCAUCACUUUCUUUCCAGAGGUGCAGAGUUACAAUAGUUUAGAUGCCACUCUAAACAGCAAAUAUCCCAAAUCCCUCCUUUAGAAUGCAGGCACUGUACUUCCCAGUAGAAUUUAAUGUACAGAUAUAUUACAAUGAACAUUGAGAAUAAAAAAGUAGGAGAUACAGUUUACCCAUUGGAUCAUGUUUGUUGUUUCAGAGUUCUGUUAUAAGAACAUAAGAAUCAAGGUGAAUGGAGAUGAAUAGUUUUUGGGACUUGUAGAGCUGUUGGAAUGUGAAGGGAUUCAGGGAAACUGAUUAGCCAAAUUUGAGUCCUGGAGGUGGGAAGUACAAUGCCUGCACUUUAAAGGAGGGGUUUGGGAUAUUUGCUAUUUGGUGUGACAUCUGAACUAUCAUUUCUGCACAGCUCUGCAAAGACAGUGAUUAUGUGUGAAUGAUGGUGAAAGUGUUUCUUUUUUAGGGGGUCAGCCUGCCUUGGUAGGAGACAGCCUGCACAUUAGAAAAAAAAAGAAUCAAGGAACUCUACAGCAGGUAUUACCUGGAGUUUACCUGGAGAGAGUUCCGGGGGUCAACGCCCCCACGGCCCGGUCUGUGACCAGGCCUCCUGGUGGAUCAGAGCCUGAUCAACCAGGCUGUUACUGCUGGCUGCACGCAAAGCAACGUACAGCCACAGCCCAUAUUAGACAAGUCCUUUUCAAAACUAACCAUUCCCACCUACCUAAUUGUCUAACAUUUUCCAAAAGCCACCCAAGAUUUUACUUCAGUACCUCAAGUACUAAUCAUACCAAGCCCUUCCCAGUCAUAUAUUUGUCUAAUGUCUUUUUAAAGCUACCCAAGGUUUUAGCUUCUAUUACCCUACUUGGAAGAUUAUUCCACUCAUCGACAACUCUCUUGAAAACCCAGUGCUUACCCAUAUCCUUUCUAAAUCUAAAUUUAUCUAAUUUAAAUCCACUUUAUUGAGGCCUGUUGUAUUAAGCACAAACUGUGCUUUCAAUCACAUUUUCCAAAAAUUUCUGUAUAUAGAGGAGCUUUAUAAUAGAGCUUAAUGUAUGUCAAAUCUCUCCACAAUGUGUCAUAUUCGUUAGCAGUAGAUAUAAUUUUAUUUUUUUGAUGAUAGUUUAUUUUGUGGUGACGGUAUAAGUUUAUAUUUGGUUGGAAUGAAUCUAGUCUGUUGAUAAUUUAAGUGGAUUGCAUAUAAAUUAUGUAUUAGAGAAAGACGAAUACUGUAAUCUCGUUUAAUGUAAUAAUUAGUCAUGUAAAUUACAUUGUAUAAUGGAGUGUUAAUGAAUGAUGUGUAAUUAAUGCAUUGGACAACACAGUGUAGACACAACAAACAAAUACAUUAUGACAAUUUGACAGUAUUGACGAAUAUAAAUUAGUGUAUUAUUUUAUGAUUACCAGGAGUAACCCCUUCUGUAUAAAUUGAUAAGACAUGUCAACAGUUAGUUAUCUUAAUUCGGAAUAAUGAUACCUAACUGUUGCACAUGUGUUACUUAUCAACAUGUCGGUACUGUAUACCCAUAUUCAUACUGGAUAAAUUACUAAAUUUAAAAGAGAAAUUUUAAUUUUUCUUUUUAGGUCACCCUACCUCGGUGGGAGACGGCCGGUGCAUUAAAAAGAACAAAAAAAAUUAUGAUCAAGGGGAAGCAUUAAACCUGUAAGGGUCAUAGUGUCGGGGGGAUGAGAGCCAAUCGAGUUUGAUUUAACUAAGGAUUCAAAUUUCUUGGAUCAAGAGCCUUUAGCAACAUAAGGGCACAUUCCCAUGAGGAUAGUACAGUACGAUAUGAGAGGCAACUGGCUGUUGAUAGUGGGAGAAAGCAGGAUUAUCUAUCUAUCUAUCUAGGCAAUUGGCUGUGGGCAGAGGACUAUUUCAGGGAAUUACAUUGCAAGCAGAGAACAUUAAUGCAGCCAAAGGAUGUUUUUUUUUGUUGUCUAUUUGUCAGGGCUGAAUUAAGGUCUUUCUAGCCUAGGCACUCUUCAGCAGCAAAGACAAUACAGCCUUAUGUUCAUAAAAAAAAUGUAGCAUUUCUUAAAUUUUCAGGCCUCAAAAUGCUAUAUCUUGAUUUUUUUUAGAAAUAUUGAGAAUAAAAGAAUAUUUUUUGUUGUCAAAUUUUUUGAGUUUUUCAUAAAACAAAAAAUGGAAAAUAAAACGGCAGCUUUUAAAUUGAUCAAAUUACAAAGUUUGCUUUAGUAAUUUCCAUUUCCUACAUAUUAAAAAUUUGUGUUAGGCCUUAAACUUUUUUUAAAUUCCUGGAAUUUCAUAGACCCUAUGCAUGUGCUUAUUGUAUCUUCCAAAUAAUACAGGACUGGUGAUGUGAACAUACUAUCCCUGCCCCUGUUCCAGUUGUUCCUUUUGUACCUUUGUCAACAAAUGGCAUUUUCAUUUUAAUUUCCAAAUAUGUAAUUUGUUUCUUGUGUCUUUUUGUGUUCAUGUAAGCAAUAAGUUCAGACUAACAUUGUGAAGGGAGGAGCAAACCUCUUAGCAGAAUAAAUAAUUUUUAUAUUCAAAAUCAGUUUGUGUGCAAAACUCAUCCACUGCUCAUCCUGAUUUGAUUUUUUUUUUAACACCGGCUGUCUCUCGCCUAGGAAGGGUGACAUACAAAAGAGAAAAUACAUUAACAGUCACUAGUGCAGCUGUUAUAUUGUAAGAAACGUGCUAAAAUGAUAGUUCAGAUGGACCUCCAAACUACACCAUCCUCAUUCUUAUUUCCAUUGGUGUUGUAUAAUCCUCUCCCCUAAAGAAUAAAAAGGCACAAUACCGUGACUGGAACAAUACACAAAUAACCCGCACAUAGGAGAGAGGAGAUUAUGACAGCAUUUUGGUCCGACUAAGACUAUUUAUAGUCACAGUGUGACUUUGUACAUGGUCCAGGUCAGAUCAAAACGUCGUUGUGUGCUCCUCUUCCUCUCCUAUGUGCUGGUUAUUUGUGUAUCCUCUUCCCUAGGAUGCAACCCACAUGUUUAUUCACUGAGUCAUUCAUCAUAACUUAUCAUGGGUUUACACACAUUAUCAGUUUGCUUAUUCAUUUUAUUUAUACCUUAAAGAAUUCUUGUGAAGAGAAUUUGCUCCAGAAAAUGGCUUCAUCACUCUUUUAUUUUAGUGUACAAAUUACAAGAUGUCAGUUAACCAGUCAGCACCUGAGUGGAGGCAAAUGGUAUGGUGAUACAGUCAUACCUUGCUCUACGUCAUUAAUUGGUUCCAAGAACCGUGACGUAACCUGGUUUUUGAUGUAUACCGGACUUAAUGUCUUAAAAAUGCCUUAAAAUGAUGACAAACACCGUAAAACUAGCAUAAAUAACUCAUGAAAGAAUAUAACUAUUGCUAAACCUUAAAGAACGAUAAAAACACAUUAUAGACAUAUUUUUUAAAGAAUAAUGAACAGAGUUAAAAAAAUUAUGUUGUAGGUGACGUUGCUGAGGGACAUAAAGUCUUUUAGAAAAGUGGCGUAAAGGUGAAUUUGACGUAAGCUGAAAUGACGUAAAGCUGGGUAUGACUUUACUGACAAGAUUCGGAAAAAGACAUACAUGUACACUUUAGGGUAUUUAUUGAAGGAAAUGCUUUGCCGCCAUUGGCUUCAUCAGUCCUAAUAAAGGAGUCACUUGUAGUGUAUCGUUCCCUUUAAGAAAUGUCCUCAACUGUGUUCAAGUAUCUUCACCACACCUGAGUGCUGAUAGCUUGAUGUAUAUAUAAUGCUCUUAGCAUUAAUAGUUAAGAAAUUUUACUUAAGCCUAGUUGUAAAUUCUUCAAAUGAAGUUUGAGAACCAAGCAAAAAUAUGUAUGUACUGUAUUAUAUUGCUGUACUAUGAAAUACAACUUAAUUAUCUCUUCAUUGUUUGCAUUCUCAAAAAAUUUACUCUUCAGAACGCAGUAGAGAAUGUGAUAGUACAACAUUGUAUUGUAUAAAUAUAUGAGGUAGUUCGUUAAUCUGGUGAGAAAUAUUAAAAAUGUACUGGAUAAAUGUACGAGGUAGGUGGUUAAUCUGGUGAGAGAUAUUAAAACGUACUGUAUAAAUAUACGAGGUAGAUGGUUAAUCUGGUGAGAGAUAUUAAAAUGUACUGUAUAAAUGUACAAGGUAGAUGGUUAAUCUGGUGAGAAAUAUUAAAACGUACUGUAUAAAUGUACGAGGUAGAUGGUUAAUCUGGUGAGAAAUAUUAAAAAUGUACUGUAUAAAUGUACGAGGUAGUUGGUUAAUCUGGUGAGAGAUACAGAGCAUGAACUAGGCUCAUUUUCUUCCCAAAAAGUAAUAUUACAGUACCUAUGUGUUUGUACUGGUUAGUAUGCUGUGCUCUUAUUUCAGUGUGAUGACAAAUUGUAUUACCAUACUGUAGUAGUUUUGUAACAAAAUGAUCCUAAAAUAAAUUUACAAUACAGUACACAAAUGAUUUAUAAGAAUUUUGUAUGCAUUGAAGGAAAUUUUGUUCCAGUGGCACUCCCUCAAGACAUGCCACUCAUUAUCAUGAGCCUGUGCAUAUUUUCUCAUGAUACCACCACCAUCUCAUGUUCAUGAUUCUUAUAAUGUACCUUCCUUCUGCCACUGCAUGUUCUUCCAAAUUGCCAAUCGUGUGUCUCCUCAACAUCAGUGGUGCUCAACCUUCCUACACAAGUGGGCCACAUUUGGUCAAAUGUAUGAUGAGGGCCACAUAGUUUUGUUGAUACUGUGCAGUGUGGAACCUACAUGAAAGUGAAUUCAUAAUUUCAUGUGGGGGCCGCAUCCUUUUCCUAGAAGGGUUAUGUGUGGCCCACAGGCUGCCGGUUGGGAACCCCUGCUUUAUGCAAGUUUAUUUCAACGCAUACACUUGUGAAGGGAUUCAGGGAAACCGGUUAGCCGGACUUCAAUCUAGAGAUGGGAAGUACAAUGCCUGCACUUUAAAGGACGGGUUUGGGAUAGUUGCUGUUCAGAGUGACAUCUGAACUGUCAUAUUUGCAUGCCUCUGCAAAGACGGUGAUUAUGUGUGAAUGAUGGUGAUUUUUUUUUUUUUUUUUUUUUUGUCACCCUGCCUCAGUGGGAGACGGCCAGUGUGUUGAGAAAAAAAAUAUUUAUACGGUAUUGAGUGACCUUUGAGUGCAUGUUGAAAUCCCAAUAUUAUGCAGUACGUAUACUAUUUUGGGCAUGUUUAAGCCUAAGAUUACAAAGGCAUAUCAUUGUAUAUGAUUCUAAGAAAAAAAUAUUUGGGUUAUAAGCUAGUAAGUUAUAGGUAGGAGCAAGGGGCUAGUAACCCCUUCUCCUGUAUAAAUUAAUUUGAAAAGAGAAACUUUUUGUUUUUCUUUUUGGGCCACUCUGCCUCGGUGGGAUACGGCGGGUUUGUUGAAAGAAGAAGUUAUAGGUACUAUUUUAUACAUUAGAAGACAUUAUAGGCAUUGUUUUUUACAUUAGGUGACAUUCAAUUCAAGAACUCCAAAAAUUUAUUUGGGUUAUAUUGAUGCAGGUUCUUGCAUUGAUGGCAUAGGAUUUUCAUGAUAUAUAUAACUGUAACUACCAAGCGAGGCAUAUAUGGCUACCAAGUGAGGCAUAUAUAGCUUCAGCUACCAAGCAAGGCAUAUAUGGCUUCAGCUACCAAGCGAGACACACAUGGCUUCAGCUACCAAGCGAGACACACAUGGCUUCAGCUACCAAGCGAGACACACAUGGCUUCAGCUACCAAGCGAGACACACAUGGCUUCAGCUACCAAGCGAGACACACAUGGCUUCAGCUACCAAGCGAGACACACAUGGCUUCAGCUACCAAGCGAGACACACAUGGCUUCAGCUACCAAGCGAGACACACAUGGCUUCAGCUACCAAGCGAGACACACAUGGCUUCAGC